AUGGCCGUCCCCUCCGAGCUCCUCUACCCGCCACUCGCGGUCAUCACCCCCCAGGACCAGCGCGGAGUCCUCUGGACCGUCGGAAUCAUCUGCCUCGCCUUCAUCUUCUUCACCUUCGCCCUCAGAGUCUUCGUCCGCUGGCGACGCUUCCGUCCCGACGAUUAUGCCAUCCUGAGCGCCUGUAUCUUGGUCGUCGCCGAAGCCGCACUCUCCUUCGCCGCUGUGGGCUUGGGUCUGGGAUCUGCCGGCAUCAAUCAGAAUGAGAUCGAUGCGGCAUGGCGAGUGAGUGGCAUGGCGAAGAAGAAAAUGCUGGCGUUCCCGAGAGGCUAAUGUGUACCACUCUAGCUGUUCAUCGCGAGCGAGGCCUUCUUCGUGUUGGCCACGUUUGUUGCCAAAGCAGCGGUCCUCUUGACGUUCGAGAAGCUGCUAGCACCCGACAUGCGGGAAAGACCUCUGUUCCAGGUCACAAUAGGCCUGGUAGCACUUCUGGGCCUGGCUUCACUCCUCGUGGUCACCGUAAAUUGCAGCGGCAGGACCUGCGACCAUGUGAGCAUCCUCUCUCUCUCUCUCUCUCUCUCUCUCUCUCUCUCUCUCUCUCUCUCUCUGAUUUACAAAUUAGAGCAGUCAACUAAACAUGAUGCAGCAAUCGCGCUGGACUGCCGUGGCCGUCAUGGACUCGAUCAGCGAGCUCUGGGGUUUCUUGCUGUUCUGCUGGGUCGUUGUGAGACUUCAGAUGCGCAUCACGUUCAAGCUCACCGCGAUUGCGAUUAUUGCCUUGCGUUUAUUGUGAGUCCUCUCACACCUUCUUCCCCUCGCAUCUACUGACUUGGAGCAGCUGCAUCGCAUUUGCGGGCGUCCAUGCAUACUACGUCUCAGUCUUUCAGCAAGGUACUGACCUUUCCGUGGAUGUCAUACGCCCGCUGGCGUGGCAACAGCUCGCUCUUGCAUGGGCGCUCCUCUCGGCCAUGGCAGUCGCUCUGAGACCCUUCAUCCGUGAGCUUCACACGGGCUUCGGAAUGGACGUUGCCCAUGUCUCGGAGAAUCGCUAUGGCAAAGGAAGUCCCGAGGCAACCAGAGACGGAUAUCAGCUACAAGACCUCUCGACACCAUCCAACAGAUCCAACAGGCAGAGUAGCGUCCCCAACAGAGAUGACGGUGGCGAGAGUGGAAGAACAGAAGAACGCUACCGCACAGACGAUGCGCAGUAUGCUGCUAAGAUUUACCACGAGGACCGGACAGGUAGCGUGGACAGCAUGCUGGACCCGAUCAUCCGGAGAGAGGUGGAAUAUACUGUCACCUAUCAAUCAUCACGGGCGAAUACUCCAUAA